CAUGCCAAUCAAAAAAAUGCAGGCUCUAAAUGUGAUAUAAAUGGGAUAUGCCUUCCAAAUAAUCACCGGUUGUCAUGGUUCCUGCUGAUUAUCAAACUACCUUCUCAAACUCGCCCAACUACGGACUACAAGUCGGCCAUAAUGCUGGGAAUAUUGAAACUCAGCAUCACUACACCGCUGAUGAUCCUUCGCCUCGUAUACUCAAAAAACGCCCGAUUCAACUCCAAUUAUCGACAGCACGCGCAGAUCUGCCACAAAAAUACCCGAACAGACCUCCUGCGGGACAUAUAUAAUUGGGUAGAUGGGAAGGAUGAGCGGCACAUUUUUUGGUUUAAAGGAUUGGCUGGUACAGGAAAAUCGACUAUUGCACAGACAGUAGCAAAGCAUUACUACGACCUAGAUCGGAGGCAACUCGCAGCAAGCUUCUUCUUUGCGCGGGGUGGAGGCGAUGCAAGCCAUGCAGGCCUCUUUGCCACAAGCAUCGCCGUUCAGUUAGCAAAUGAUGUACCACUGCUUCGGGACGUAUGGCGUCAGCUCGUUCUUCAGCCCUUCUCAAGCCUCGAAGUGACGCACAGUCUGUCUUUAUAUCUCAUCGUUAUUGAUGCACUAGAUGAAUGCAAUAGCAAAAAUGACAUCCAAACAAUCCUCCAGCUCUUAUCAGAAGCUCGACAGUUUACACCCUUGCGCUUACGUUUCUUACUUACCAGUAGACCCGAUACAGCAAUUCGCCGUGGCUUUAGUGCAGUGCCGACAGUUGAGCGCCGGGAUACUGUUCUUCACGAAAUAGCGCCUGCUGUGGUCGAUCAUGAUAUCGCCCUUUAUCUUAACCACGAGCUCGCUGUGAUUGGGCGAGAACAAUAUCUAGGGCCAGAUUGGCCUACUCAAUGGCAAGUUCAGCAACUUGUGAGCCAGUCGAGCGGCCUCUUCAUUUGGGCUGCCACGGCAUGUCGGUUCAUCUGUGAGGGGCGAAAUCAUGCCAAUGAGCAGUUGUCUAAGGUUUUGAAAACCCAGACAAGGGAUUCUGCGCCAGAGAAAGAACUCGAUGCAAUCUACACAUUGGUCCUUAUGGAUUCUGUUCCUGAAAAUCUUAGUGACGAAGAGAAGGGAAUAUCUUAUGGACUACAGUACUAA